GAGCUACCGUGUUUAUUUCUUCAGGAUGAAGACUCUGAUCAUUCUACAGAUCACUGCAGCACUUAUAGCAGUGUGUGUGGCGCAGCAGGAGUGUGUGAGGGGGGCAUGUUAUCCUCCGCUGGGUGAUUUACUGACAGGCCAAGAGACGGAACUCAGAGCCUCCUCUACAUGCGGCCUCACCGGCAUCGAGGUGUUCUGUACACCUUUAGGACAGUGGAAGAUGAAGUGUUGUCCAUGUGACUCGAGAAUUGCAGCCGGUCCAAACGCGCACACGAUCCAGGACGUCCUGAGCCCCGCUGGACCCGAGCGCUGGUGGCAGAGCAAGAAAGAUGUGAGUCCUGUCACUAUAGAGUUGAACCUGAAGCAGCUGUUCCACAUCAACAACCUACUACUGCACUUCAAGGGCCCGCGGCCGGACGCACUGGUGAUUGAGAGGACGUCUGAUUUCGGGAGGUCGUGGACUCCGGCCCUCUACAUGGCCACCGAGUGUCAAUCCUCUUUCCCUCACGUCCCGACGACGCCCUCUGACCUCGACGGCCCCCACUGCUACACACUGCCCUCCAACACCAACAACCCCUUCCAGGACCAGAGGGUGUAUUUCCACCCACUGCUGCAGUACUCCAGCAUUCCUGUACCACACGAAGAGAAGAUUGAGAGGCUGUCAGGUUACACUGGGCUGCGUGUGAACCUGACUCGGUUUGGGGCGGUGCCGUACACCCCUGGCCGACACCCGUCACGCUUCUACGCCCUGAAGGAGAUGAAGCUGGUUGGCUCGUGCUUCUGUCACGGCCAUUCUGACCGCUGCCUCCCUGACCCCGCCUCCACACACCCGUCUAACACAGAGAUGUACAGUGCCUGUGACUGUCAACACAACACAGCAGGUGUGAACUGUGAGCGCUGUGCUGACCUUUACAAUGACCUUCCAUGGCAACCAGCAGAGAGAGACGACACACACACCUGCAAACGCUGUGAGUGUAACGGCCACGCCCAGCGCUGCCGGUUCGACUCCGCCCUGUAUGAGCUGAGCGGCCGGCGGAGCGGAGGAGUGUGUGAGGAGUGUACACACCACACCACAGGAACACACUGUGAGCGCUGCGCGGAGAACUAUUACAGGAACCCUCGGAGCAACAUGCAGAGACCUGACGCUUGUUUACGGUGUCAGUGUGACAAUGCAGGGUCAGAGGUCAGGCAGCAGUGUGAUGAAGUAACAGGGGCGUGUCUCUGUAAGCAGAAUGUGGGUGGAGCUCGCUGUGACCGCUGUAAACCCGGGUACUACGGCCUCAGCAGUGCCAACCUGCUGGGCUGCUCCAAGUGCUCCUGCAGUUCUGUCGGCUCCCUCCACAGUGUGUGUGAUGAAGUGACAGGACAGUGUGUGUGCAGGCCCAACGUUGGAGGAAGGUCAUGUGACCGGUGCGCUGAUGGAUUCUGGAACUCAUCGACAGGGUGUCGGCCGUGUGACUGUGACAUCACCAACGCCAUCGGCAACACCUGUGACAAGCUGACAGGUCAGUGUGUGUGUCGUCCUGGUUUUGGCGGUCGAACCUGCAGCGGCUGUCCUGAGAACACAUACGGAGAUGCUCUCACCGGCUGCAGAUCAUGUGUGUGUGACCGCGAGGGCAGUGUGUCCGGGGGGUGUGACCGUCGUACAGGCGCGUGUGUGUGUAAGCCAGGUGUGGUAGGGGACAGGUGUGACAUGUGUGGGCGUGGUCACUGCGCUCAGUUCCCCAACUGCCCCGUCUGCCCGUCCUGCUUCUUCUCGCUUGAUGCAGAGCUGCAGAACCUCACGCUCCGUCUGAAGCACAUUUCAGACACGCUCACACACUCACUGCCCCCCCGAAGCCCCACACACACACUGCAACGCAUCACAGACGCACAGCACACACUCCGGAGAAUUACCAGCGCCCUGCAGCAGCUUCCUAAUGACAGAGACCUGUACUGGAACUAUACACACCAUUUAAACACACUGCAAUCUGAGUUGAAGAAGGUGGAGUCGGAUUUGAAGAGUUCAGGUGUAGUUUAUCCUCCAGACCUGGAGGGGGAGCUGCGCAGACUGCAGGAACAGCUGUCCAAUAUCAACUUGGAAUACAACGCCAAGAAACAAGGAGCAACGCACAGUGGCUCUGACUAUGCUGGAGUCCUGGAUGCUGUUAAAGGCGCCUAUAAUAGAUCCACAGACGCGGUGAAUCGUGUGGACGAAACAGCAGACACACUCGACAGCUCUGCAUCCGUCAGAGGCGACGCCAUUAAAGGCCUGAAUGACGUUCAGCCCAUUAACACACAGGACCUGCAGACGCUCGGAAAGGACCUGGCAACCCGGCCCAACCUCACACCUACAGCCACACAGGUGUGUGGCAGUGGGCGUGUGCUGCCAUGUACCCCUCAGCAAUGCGAGGGCGAACUGUGUCCUGUAGAUGGAGCGCCCCCUUGUGUACAGGGACAGAAGUGCGUAGGGGCGUUACCUUGGAGUCAGAGGGCGGAGCAAGAUACGGUGGAGGUGAAGGACAAACUGCAACAACUUAAUGACAAGAUCACUCAGGCAUACACACAGAUUCAGAAGUCCCAGGACUCGACCAAUCAGGUGAGACUGUCUGCAAACGAGCUGUCCAAUCAGAUGAAGCGUACACGUGAUGACAUCGAUGAGGGACUGAAGGACAUUAAAGACUUUGUUAAGAACCUGAAGGACUUCCUGUCAGACCCGACCGCUGACCCUGCAGCAGUGCAGCGUGUGUGUGAUGGUGUGUUGGGGGUGAAACUGCCUGAGACGGUUGACGCCCUGAAGAACAAGCUGAAAGAGAUUCAGGACGUGGCUGCCUCACUGCCUGACACCAGCACGGUCCUAAAGAACGCCAGCUCACGCCUGCAGGAGGCGCAGAAACUACUGGAGAACGCCGAGAACGCCAGGGACACAGCACUGGGUCUGCAGGAGAACACUGAGGAGGUUCUGGCGUCUCUGAAUGAUGGUGAGGACGCCCUCACUGACAUGGAGGAGAAACUGAAGGAGAACCUCAACAUCAUUGAUGGAGUCAGGAACAACAUCGUGAACGUGGAGGACGUUCUGCUUCCUGUUGAGGGUUUAGUGAAUGAGGGGAAAGGGGUAGUGGACACACUGCGCCCCCUGCUGGACCCGCUGAAGGAGGACGUGCUCAGAGGAAGGGAACUAGCAGAAGAGGCGGGGGAGAAGGCAGAGGGGGCGGAGCAUGAGGCCAAUACUGCAGCAAAGGACCUGGAGUUACUACAGCAGCAGUUGUUGAAGCUAAAGGAGAACACAGACACAACAAACACUACAGGUGCAGCAGGAGAGCGUCUACACACACUGCAGAAUGAUGCAACAGACCUGAUCCAGGAGACUACUGACAUCCUGAACCAACUCACAGAUAAGGAGGCGGGGCUGCGGACGCUGGGGGAGGAGCUAAUGCUGAACUCUCAUAAACUAGAGGGUUUGGAGUCUCGGCUGAAGGAGCUGAUCAGGAACAUCAGCGCUAAAGUCAACAACCUGAGUGGCUGUGUGGGCUGAAGAGUCUGAUCUAACACACACCUUCACAUAAAACACACACCUUCAGUUCAUCACAACUGUAUUUAUAUGUAAUGUUUCAUUUCUGCUUUUUGUUUCAUAAUAAAUUAAGAGACGUGAGCACUGUG